GACGCCGCUCUCCGCCAGCUCUCCCUGAUCGUGGGCGAGGCCCUGGCGAAGGUGCGAGCGAGGGCCGAGGCGACAGAGCCCGACGAGCGCCAGAGGGCUGCCGUGCUGGCCCUGGGCGCGGCGCUGAAGGAGUCGGCCCACGUGGCCGCGUCCAGCCGCAGCGAGAGGGCCCAAAAGGCGGUCGAGCAGCUGCUCGGCGGGGUCGUCGACUCGCUCGGCGGAGUGCUCGCCGCCCUCGGCGCCCAGGCGCUGCACGCCACCGGCGUGCUGCUGUCGGAGCUGCGCCAGGACGGCGCACCGGGCCGCGGCGUGCUGCUGAACCACCGGAUCUCCACGCUGGCGAGGGUGGCCUCGGCGCUGCAGGCCCUGCGCUCGGCAACGACCCGCCGGGAGCUCGUGAGCGCCCUCGGGAUGUGCCAGCCCAGCCACCAACGAGAUCCCCGCCCCCUGGCGCGGCUACGUGCUGGCGGAGCAGCGCGCGGCGGCGGAGCGGCUCCUGGACGCCGCGGGCACGGGCGGCCCCUCCUGGCGCUGGGCGCUGGCGGCGGCGCUGCGCGAGGCCGUGCGGGAGGACGCGGAGCACCAGGCGCUGUACCUGCCCGUGGCCCUCGAGCUGGCGGGCCCUCCGCCCCGGGCGGCCGAGGCCGCCGGGGCCGCCGAGCUCGCGGAGGCGCUCGCCGAGGUCGGCGAGCGGGCGAAGAAGCCCGCCCUGCGGCAGCGAGCGCUGGAGCUCGCUCGGGCCUGGGAGGCUCCAGCGAGGCUCCCGGCCUUCCUCGCGGCGCUGGCGGAGGGGCGGCUGGACCGGGCGGAGGCCAUCGCGAGCAGGCGCUGGCCGCGCGCGGCGCCGCUGCUGGCGGCCGGCAGGGACUUCUGCCGCUUGCGCGAGCCCGGCCUGGAGCGGGCGUCGGCGGCCGCCCUGGAGCAGGUGGAGGGGACCCUCGAGAAGGCGCUGCAGCAGCAGGCGCUGUCAGGUGCAACGGGCCUGAUAUUGGACAGCGAGGCCGAGCGCUCUGUCGAGCGUGCUUGUGA